AUGGCGUUUGAGGAGCAAACGCUGGAUAUUACCGUCGUUGGUGAUAUACUUCCUCAAGUAUCCGUUCAACUAAACGGGAAACCCGUUGUCUUUAUUGUGGAUACAGGGGCUAUCUGCUCCAUCAUCUCUAGGAAGCAAAUGAAGCUUCUGGGUUUCUGCGAGAGCGAUCUUUCAAACACGGAAUUUUUCAGCGGCAACGAACUGGGCGAGCUGGACAUCGACGUGAAGAUCAAUGAUCUCGAGAUGAAAGCGCUCUUCGUUGAACAUUAUAGAACCAAAGUCAACAUAGAAGGCAAGGCUGUGGAGAUGAUCGUUGACACGGGCUUCGGAGGGUACCUCAUAGGCCCCUUGAGUCUGGCCCAGGACCUCGCCUUGCCCUUGCAAGAGACACUGAUACAAAUAAAUGCAACGUACUACGAUGGCAACAGUAAAUACCAGGCCGUGGACUUGCGCAUCGAGGCGGCAGGCCGUGAGGAGAGUGAUGCCGUCUACGUUGUCUACUGCGAAGAAACGCCAGAGGAUUAUCGCGCUCCGCUGAUCGGGUCACUCUUCCUCAUGGGGAUGCAGUUGCAGUUCAACGCGGACGGGUCCUUGGAAAUGAGCGGGAGGGGCAUGGACGCAGAGUGGGACGACAGGAUAAUCCGUAUGGUAGAACAGGGCUAG